CCUGCGCUUCCUCGUAGCCAGCUUGUUGCAGGGUGUUUGCGUUGAAGUUGACUGAGACCGGACCUUAAAGGGGAGGGAGCAGGACGCGGGGCCGCGGCCCUUUAAAUCGAGGCGCGUGGUGCCUGCCCCUUUAAGGCGUCCGGACGGCUGAAUCUGAGCUCCCGAUUACCCCGAGUUUCCGUCGCAGGCAGCGGGGAAAGGCUCCUCGGCUGGGUCCGGGUGCUUGGCGGCGGCGGCUUCCUCCGCGCUCGUCCUCCCCGGGCCCGGAGACACCCCCGCCCCAGUCAUGCUGAGCAGAGUAUGGAAGCAGCUGACUACGAAGUGCUGUCCGUGCGGGAGCAGCUAUUCCACGAGAGGGUUCGCGAGUGCAUUAUCUCAACACUUCUGUUUGCGACACUCUACAUCCUCUGCCACAUUGCCCUGACGCACUUCAAGAAGCCUGCUGAGUUCACCACAGUGGAUGAUGAAGAUGCUACAGUCAACAAGAUUGCGCUUGAGCUCUGUACCUUUACCCUGGCUGUCGCCCUGGGUGCUGUCCUGCUCCUGCCCUUCUCCAUUAUCAGCAACGAGGUGCUGCUCUCACUGCCCCGGAACUACUAUAUCCAGUGGCUCAAUGGCUCCCUCAUCCAUGGCCUCUGGAACCUUGUGUUUCUCUUCUCCAACCUGUCCCUCAUCUUCCUCAUGCCCUUUGCAUACUUCUUCACUGAGUCCGAGGGCUUUGCUGGCUCCAGAAAGGGUGUCCUGGGCCGGGUCUAUGAGACGGUGGUGAUGUUGAUGCUGCUCACCCUGCUGGUGCUGGGCAUGGUAUGGGUGGCAUCAGCCAUUGUGGACAACAACAAGGCCAGCCGGGAGUCACUCUAUGAUUUCUGGGAGUACUACCUCCCCUACCUCUACUCCUGUAUCUCCUUUCUUGGGGUCCUGCUGCUCCUGGUGUGUACUCCACUAGGUCUGGCCCGCAUGUUCUCAGUCACCGGGAAGCUACUGGUCAAGCCUCGGUUGCUAGAAGACCUGGAGGAGCAGUUGUAUUGCUCAGCCUUUGAGGAGGCAGCUUUAACCCGCAGGAUUUGCAAUCCCACCUCUUGCUGGCUGCAUUUGGAUAUGGAGCUGCUGCACAGACAGGUCCUGGCUCUGCAGACACAGAGAGUCCUGCUGGAGAAACGACGGAAGGCUUCAGCCUGGCAGCGGAACCUGGGCUACCCCCUGGCCAUGUUGUGCUUGCUGGUACUGACGGGCCUCUCUGUGCUCAUUGUGGCCAUCCACAUCCUGGAGCUGCUCAUCGAUGAGGCUGCCAUGCCGCGGGGCAUGCAGGAUGCCUCCCUGGGCCAAGUCUCCUUCUCCAAGCUGGGUUCCUUUGGUGCCGUCAUUCAGGUUGUACUCAUCUUUUACCUGAUGAUAUCCUCAGUUGUGGGAUUCUACAGCUCUCCAUUCUUCCGGAGCCUGCGGCCCAGAUGGCAUGACACAGCUAUGACACAGAUAAUUGGGAACUGUGUCUGUCUCCUGGUCCUAAGCUCAGCACUUCCGGUCUUUUCUCGAACCCUGGGGCUCACUGACUUUGACCUGCUGGGUGACUUUGGACGCUUCAACUGGCUGGGCAAUUUCUACAUCGUGUUCCUCUACAACGCAGCCUUCGCGGGCCUCACCACUCUCUGUCUGGUGAAGACUUUUACCGCGGCUGUGCGGGCAGAGCUGAUCCGGGCCUUUGGGCUGGACAGAUUGCCGUUGCCUGUCUCCGGUUUUCCCCGGGCAUCUCGGAAGACCCAGCACCAGUGACUUCCAGCUGGGAGUGGGAGGGAGAAAACUGGACACUGCCAUCUGCUGCCCAGGCCUGGAGGGGCGCCCGGGGGUGGGUGGACCUCAGGACCUGGAAUCUGAGAGGGUGGUAGAGGGGAGCUGAGCUGUCUGCACUGUUGCAUAAUCUGAGCCAGAGUUUGGGACCAGGCUCCCCCGCUUUUCCAGAUAUAACUGUGGGCCUCAGUAUGGGGCAGGGCUGAGUGACUGGGUCUGGCUCCUGGUCCCAAAUCUGUUUACACAUCAAUCUGCCUCACUGCUGUUCAGGGCCAUGCCCGUAGCCAUGUUUACAUGAUUUGAUGUGCAAUAGGGUGGGGUGGGGACAGGGGAGAGACUGAGCUGGGAGCAGACUUGGGAGGCAGAUUGUCUCCCUUGCCUCUGGCCCAGCAGAACCUAAGCACUGUGCUAUCCUGGAGGGGCUUUGGACCAUCAGAGGGACAAGGGCAUAGGGAAGAAGCGACCACAACCAUGAGCAAUAAAGUUGAUCCCAGGGUUUGUUUUGGUUUUUUAAA